GAUCGAUUCAGUGAUUCUUGAGCUAGAGAUCGUCGUUGCUUGCGACACAGGUCCCAAUUCUGGAGCUCAUCCACGGAUCACCUCAAAUACUGAAAAAAAAGGAAGUGGAAAGAGCCGGGUCGAAGAAAAGCGUACACUAGCUGCCACGGCUGUCAACAUUUCAGUCUGCAGAUUAUCCAUCGAACGUAAGGAACGUUAGUCUCAAGUUCACAGAAAUGGAUCAGCCUCAGCAUUCCAGACCCGAGGAUUCUUUUGACGUCUCGGCUGCUGAUCGAGAAGUGGAGGGUAUGAGUAUCAACAACCCUGGUGAUCAGACUGGGGAUAGUGAUAAUGGCCCGCAUGGCGAAAAGAAAUCUCUUAUGAGCAAAAUGAAGGACAAAGCCAAGGACAAGAUGCACAAACUGAAGACAAAGCUGAAGAAAGAUAAGGAUUCAGACGCCAGUGAGGGGACAGAGGAGGACACCGACCAUUUUGAUUCUGAUGCUCAGACCCCGCAUCAAACAGCAACAUCUGGCAUUGCGGCUGACGGCUCUUACGUGAACAAUGGCAAGUCUCAAGAUAGUUUUGGAGUGAGUCCUUCCAGAUCGAGUGCGUAUCCAAAUGUUGGCGAUGAGCCCCAGCAAAGAGAGUAUGAUAACUUUCUUAGAUCCACCAAAGGCGAACAUGAUGGCAGUUCUCAUGGCUUGACAUCGGUGCCUACCGAUUACUCGAGUCCACGGGCGUCCGUCGAUGCAACCAUGCCUUCUUCCCUUAUCGAGCACGGUUCAGUUUCUGACGUGGGCGAACAAUCAUCACACGAUCUGGGAGAGAUUCCAGAGAAGCCCAAAGAAGAGGACAAGGUCGUAGCCACUGAAGAGCCUGAAGAGCGUAGAUUCUCGAAUUCAUCCUUCGGACAGUUCGGCGAGAGUGUUGAAGAUACGUCUCCUCCGACAAAGCAGGAACAGGAGGAUAUGGACGCUAUAGAAAGAGAUUCUAUGUCUCAGGAACUAGGUGAUGAGUCCAGAGAGACCAAGUUCACCAAGCAAUCCUCAUGGAAGGAGACGGAUCUGUCGUCUAAGUCAUCAGCAAAUUCACAGCUUCCAAGCGGUGAAGGUAAGAGGUCGUUCACCGAGAAAGCUGAUAAUGAACUUCCCAACGACGAAGCGGCCGUUUCUCAGAAUGAGUCAAAGGAUAUCGCCCAAGGAGAAUCUGACACCCCGUCCUUCACAGAGAAGGCAGACCGUGAGCUGCCAUCGUCCACAGAUGAGGCUGUCACAUCCAGAGGCUCUGAGAAAGGCUCUAAGUUUCCUCUUCGGGAUCCGGAUGUGGAACUGCCCGUACCACAACGCGCAGAGCUAUCAGAAAGCAUGUUUUCCUCCUCCGAUGCAGCAGAUCUGCGAAGCACAGCAGACUCAACGGGAGUACAAGAGCCUACCUACAAUCAAGGUCCCGGUGUGCCUGGAGUCAGUGGUCGAGAUUACGAUGGUGAAGGAGCUCGCUUGAGCUCUCCUAGUUCCAAAGAUACCUCAACAAACGAUCAGGACAAGGUUGGAGAAGAGGCUGAACCUGCAAGGGAGGUAUUCCUCGACCCAGAGCUCGAUGAAUCGAGCCUCGAAAAACAGACACCUGAGGUUGCUGACAAAGAAGGAAACUCCUCUCCGUCUCAUUAUACUGAUGAGUUCGGCCAGCAGCAGGAAAAAUACGCACAGGAUGCGCACUUGGAUUUCGAUGAUGCUUCCGACGAGGUGGAUAGAGUGAACAAAGACUCAGAGAAGGUUUCGUUGGAGGAUAAUUCAGAGGAGGGGAAGAGCCCAGUAUCUUCUGUUACUUCUGUCUUAGGAUCUGCUGUUGGCACCAUAGGCGCCAAGAUUGGGUACCUGCCAGCGGAUGACCAGACAGAGAAUCUGUCUGAGACGAAAGAGGGAUCAGGUGAGCACGAGAAACAAAGUCAAUCGUGGGCUCAGUGGGCUUCUGAAAAGACGAAUUUUUCUCCCAAGCACGAGUCAACCGUUCCUAUCACUCCACAGAACUCCACGGUCGAAAACCUGCAAUCCGAUUCAUCUACUGCGCCACAGAAUUGGAUCUCGAAGGCGGUCGAUCUUUUGUACGGAAACUCUGGUGGUUCAUCUAACAAGGAAGAGGAGGAUAAGAUCGAAGUAAAUGGGGAGAAAAAUAACGAGGCAUUGGACGAAGUGGAGAGGAAUUCUGAGAAGAUGGGCGCCAAGAGACAAGAGGUGGAUGAUAAGUCACCAGCGUUUGUACAAUAAAAAUACGUUUUGACUAACCAGUCAAAGCGAUCGCAGAAUUGAGUUUGAGAGAUAGGUAGCUAGAUGACUUAGUUUGUUCCAUUUUUCUCUUGUGAUAGCCGGGAAUAAUUGAGAGGAAUUUGAAGAUGGAUAGUUCUGACAGCGUGCUAACAUUGUACAAAGCAUUAUUCUUCUCUUGUAAUUAAUAAAUACAACAUGC